AGACCGGUACUUAGUUAUUCACACCUCAUUACUCACGUUAGGAAUCGUAUGGCGUGACACUUGUUGGAGCUACUCGAGAAGCUGUACUUGUACACGCUGAAACAUUUAUGAGUAUAUUUCCUAGGUUAUUAAGUAGGACUUUUUUUCAGUUGUACCAAAAAGAGGCGAAUGGAAUCUAAAGCACUUUAGCUGGGUUUGAGCGCCGCGUAACGUUGCGGGCAGCCUGACACGCGGCGGCCGGGGGCUGCUGUCAGCCAGCCGGUUGUAGCCGGUGUCACUCUCAUCGGGGGCCCGACCGGCCAAUUCGCUCCAAUAACUACCAUUGACUUAAGUUAUAAUUUCUGCUAUAUAUAUAAUUAUAAUCUUUUAUAAAGCUCAAGAAUCGCUAAAUAAUACGAUAGUGAUCGUGAUCGGGAAGUUCCAUGACGGCGGGUGAUGCAAUAAUCAACCAAGGUUUCUAAUGUCAGCCGUCGUAGGCGUUGAAGGUGGAGCCAUGACGUUGUUUUAUAUAUUAUAAGAUAGAAGCUUUGUCUAAUAAUAAUUAAAGAAAAUACUUGGUCGAAUAAUGAAUUAAGUGGCACCCUGAACGACGCGACCUUCCAUACGUAUUAAAUGUAUCCGCUUUUCCUGUCGAUGCAGCGACAUUUGAGGUUAAUUAAAACGAAUCAACGCGGAUAUGAGUAAAGUUACCGAAACCGAUAUGAAGGACGUGGAACUUAAUGAGCUGGAUCCGGAGAAGCAGCCCAUGACAGACGGAGGGGCUGGUAAUUCUCCCAUCGGUACCGAGAAAAAUGGAAGCAUCACAGUGAAGAUAGCGGACGACUCCGAUGUGAAGUUCACUGGUCUGUCAAAAGAGGAGCUGAUGAAGGUUGCUGGGACACCAGGGUGGGUUAGGACACGAUGGGUUCUUCUCAUCCUGUUUUGGGUCGGUUGGAUCGGGAUGCUGGCUGGGGCCAUUGUGAUCAUUGUCAAGGCCCCACGAUGCAAAUCUCUCCCAGAAAUGAACUGGUGGAACUAUGGCCCCCUGUACAAGAUUUGGGAUGUGGAUGUAUUCACUGAGACAGGUGGCCUGAAAGGAGUGGUGGAGAAAAUAGACGACCUGUCUCAGUUAAAGGUGAAGGGUGUGGUAAUGGGACCUCUUCACACCGUCCAGAGGGACCAACCAAACACACUGAACUUUCAGGCCAUCAACCCUGAGGUGGGGACGGAUAUGGACUUUGAGAGCCUGGUGGACAAGGCUCACAAGAAGGGCCUUUCAGUCGUUUUGGAUUUGACGCCAAAUUACAAGGGCAACAACCCUUGGUUUGAUAAAGUCCAGGUGCCCAGCAUUGCUGAAAAGCUGAAGGUUGCUAUGUCCCACUGGAUGGAUUUGGGAGUGGAUGGAUUUCAGCUGGAUGGAAUCGAUGAAAAUUUUGUGGAUCAGAGUAUAUGGCAUAGUCUGAAGAACACCAUUAAGGGCAACAGAACAGAUGGGGCAAAGCAAAGGGUCCUAAUUGGGGUGACCAUGCAGACCACUGCAGCAACUGUAUCUUCGCUCCAUAACAUUUCCACAGUGGACUUGCUGCUCUCCAGGGUUCUGCAGCCCAAUGUCACUGGUGGUCAGUGGGCUCAGGCCAUCCAGCAGCUGUAUGAGUCGCGCAACCAGACUGAUCUGGCUUGGAACGUAGGCAGCAAGGAUGACAGCCACCUCGGCACAUUGGUUGGGGCCACGCUGGUGAAACUCUACCAGAUGUUGUUGUUCACUCUGCCAGGGACGCCGGUGUUCACCUACGGUGAUGAGAUCUGUCUGAAGAGAGCUGGGAACGCUACACAUUAUCCCAAGAUGGUUUGGGAUUCACUGGAGCAUACAGAGGAGAAGAAUGAGACCGUGAAGAUGAUGAGUGAGCACCGGCGGUCCUGCCACUCCUUCUUCAAGACCCUGAGCGACUUGCGGGGGAAAGAGCGCUCCCUACAGCACGGCGACUUCCUGCUCCUCCACAACAGCACGACAUCUCUGGCCUUCUUGCGGCAGUGGGACCAGAGCGAACGCUACCUGACCGCCCUCAACUGGGGGAAGAAGUCCGUCACCUUGCGUCUGUCUCAUGCCCACCUGCCUGAGCAUGCCACUGUGUUGCUCAGCACUGACCCCAAAACCCACCCCCCUGAGAACUCCGUGCAGCUGGCAGACCUCCAGCUAGAGGCCGAGGAGGCCUUACUGCUGCACUUCCCCUAUGCUGCUUAGUCGCUAACAUUCUGUUUGAGUUCCCAGUACUUCCAUGUUACUGGGUGGGGUGGAUGUCUUGAAAUAUGAAUAAAAUAUAACGUCUAGCAUCUUA